AUGAAAGUACAACUCAUGAGAAUAAAUGAAAUUUCAUCAUCAUCAUCAUCAUCAUCAUCAUCAUCAUCAUCAUCAUCAUCAUCAUCAUCAUCAUCAUCAUCAUCAUCAUCAUCAUCAUCAUCAUCAUCAUCAUCAUCAUCAUCAUCAUCAUCAUCAUCAUCGUCAUCAUCCAAAGCAUCAUCAUCAUCAUCAUCAUCAUCAUCCAAAGCAUCAUCAUCAUCAUCAUCAUCAUCAUCAUCAUCAUCAUCAUCAUCAUCAUCAUCAUCAUCAUCAUCAUCAUCAUCAUCAUCAUCAUCAUCAUCAUCAUCAUCAUCAUCAUCAUCAUCAUCAUCAUCAUCAUCAUCAUCAUCAUCAUCAUCAUCAUCAUCAUCAUCGUCAUCAUCCGAAGCAUCAUCAUCAUCAUCAUCGUCAUCAUCCGAAGCAUCAUCAUCAUCAUCAUCAUCAUCAUCAUCCGAAGCAUCAUCAUCAUCAUCAUCAUCAUCUUGA